GGGUCAGGGUGGGCAGCAGGGUGGGGGUGUGGGUUUGGGGAUGGGUGGUGGUGGGCGGAUGGGGAGGGCGACUGUGCUGGUGGGUGUGCAUGAUGAUGAUGAGGAGGAGGAGGAGGAGGAGGGUGACUUUGAGAUUCUGGGUCACAGCACCGUUGUGACCCCGUCCAAGGCGUUUGGUCGGCGUGUUGGCGUUGCGGCUACCGCUGCCCGGGACAAACCGCCGCAGAACCUGGGCUGCCCGGAGUGCAUGGUCGGUCGUCUGACCAAGCGCCGUAGGGAUGGCUUCCGCUUCACUGAGACCAUGCUCGUGUGCGAGAAGGCCUGGGAUGGCAAGGACAUUGUUGGCGGCUGUGGUUAUCAGAUUGAUAUCGGCGCGGAUCCCGUUGAGGAGGGCUCUUCUCGGGGUGCGAGUGCCGGUGCUGGUGCUGCUGAGCGUGCCGCUGCUGGUGGUGUGAGCGCCACGGUUGCCAAGGCUCGGGAGGAGAUCAAGAAGCUGAGGAAGAAAUCGGCUCGGGAGAUCGCGCGCGAGAAGAAGGAGAUGGACGAGUGGACGGCCCAGGAGCGGGCGAGGGCCAUGGCCAACCCGUACGCCGCGGCCGUCAUGGUUGCCCCGAACGCCAAGGCUAAGAAGAAGAUUGUCGUCGACCUGACUGACGACGGCGAGUUCACUAGCCUCCCGCCCCGAGGCCCGCCAGGUGGUGGCGCCGUGGGAGCCUACGCCCCGAUUUUCAUCGACGAUGACGAGGACGAGAUCGCCCAGCCCAUUAGGUUCAACAAGCCGACCAAGUUCAACAAACCGGACAAGUUGGCCAAGAUCACCAAGUUCGACGACUUCGGCUCCGACGAUGAGAUGGACCUGGUUCGCCUCGCCGAGGAGGCCACCGAGGAAGUCAAGGACGGGAUGAACGAUGAGGACGAGUUGGUGCUCAUGGAGCUGGCCGACCAGUUUUCGUCGCCCAUGUCUGCAAAAUGAGACCCCUCCAGCGGCCUCGGGCGGUGCAGAAACUGCGGUGGAGGUUUAUCAACAUAAUACACGCAUAUAUACCAUGAGAGCGGGCGUUUUUUGGCGUAGCUCAUUUCAUUCGGUCCAUUCUUACUGCAGCGGAUUUUAACACUUUCAGCAGCCAACGAGCCUCGUAUUUCGCGCGACAACGAAACCAACCCGAUUGAGGUUUGUCUGGUUGAGAACCAUCACGCGCAAGUAAAAUGUCCAUGGGCCGGGGUGUUAUGGGAGUUCCGUGUUUCUGACGGGAUAUCGUUUUGCACAAUGCCAAUGUUGUG